ACGACUUCCAGCGCUCCCGCACCGAUUUCCACCACGACGACCGAGGCGUGGCUCGACUGGUCCACUUCCAGCGUUCCUGUUGUGCCCGUAACUACUUCCUCAUCUGUCUGGGGGGACUGGAGUUCGACAUCCAGCGUUCCUGUUGUGCCUGUGACUACUUCUUCAAGCGAGGUCUGGGGGGAUUGGAGUUCUACCUCAAGCAUCCCUGUUGCGCCAGUCACCACUUCGACCUGGAAUGCCGUGCCAGUUCAAAGCUCAACUACAGUCAAACCUAGCACUACCCUCCAUAGCUCCAGCGUUGUCCCAACCUCUACGAAAGUCUCACCAGUAUCACUGACAACAUUUACGGGUGCCGCCAGCAAACCCACUGGAAACGCUGUGCCUCUCAUCCUCGGAGCCGUCGCCAUGGUCGCCAUGUUGUAG